AGUGACGUCAUCAGAAUGGAGGGCUCCACAGCUGACGGCGCGGCACCUUUACCUGGACGAUGUGCUUUUUAUGUUGUAAAAAAGAAACGAUAUUGCAAGAUGAUAGUUGGGAGUGGGAAAACCUUCUGCGGGGAGCAUGCAAAUGCUGGUGAAGAGGGUGAGAGAAAACGGAUACCCUGUCCUUUGGACAACAAACACACUGUAUUUGAAGAUAAUUUGACUAAACACCUGAAGAAGUGUAACUCCAAGGAGAAACCAAAACCUAUUUAUUACGUAAAGGAUAUUAAUGCUGGAUGUGCAAGUGAAGAUGAAACGGUUAAAGAGAUAUCCAUUGCUGAUCGAACCAAAGAGGAACUGGAUGACUUGAUUGUGAAGCUCAAAAAUGCAUUGCAAGGACUAAAUACUAAGCUCAUUGAAAACACACUUUCACAUUCUGCUCUACACGAGUCUCUAAAUGAUCCAAAGAAUGGAGACUCUGCCUUUAAACACCUCAAACAACAGGCUUCUAUCCUUGGAAACAUGGAGGCUUUGGAACUGCUCAGCCCAAACAGAUGCUACAUAGAGUUUGGAGCUGGGAAAGGAAAACUGUCCCACUGGAUUCACAUCGCUCUUAAAUCAGCGGAAAAUGUCCAUUUCUUACUUGUGGAAAGGUCCAGUACUCGCUUUAAGGUAGACGGAAAGCACAAAAAUGCAGACUCCACUUUUGACCGGCUUCAAGUGGAUAUUCAGCACCUAGAUCUGCGCAAAGUUCCUCUCCUGAGAGAAAAAGGACUUCCCGUGAUUGGUGUUGGGAAGCACCUCUGCGGUGCAGCAACUGAUCUGGCUCUGCGGUGUUUAUUUGAGCACAACUGCACCAGCAAGGAUGAUGAACCUCCAUUUAAGCGUGUAAAACUUAAUCAGGCAGAGGGUGCUGGUGGAAAAGAUAUGAAGCCUGUUCCCUCAACUGAAGGCAGGGAAACUGGUAAAGAGAUUGUAGUGUCAGGACUGGCCAUUGCUUUGUGCUGCCACCAUCGGUGCGACUGGAGACAUUAUGUGGGAAAAGAGUUCUUUAGGGAACGAGGACUUGGACCUGAAGAGUUUGCGGCCUUCCAGCGCAUGUCGAGCUGGGCCACUUGUGGGAUGAGAAAAGCAGCAGAAACGACAAGUGAACAUAAAAGAGACGAAGAGAAAGAACAUGAGAUGAGCGAUGAAGCUGUAUUGGAUACCCUCAAUGGAUUUAUGUCAGUUGAAGAUCGGGAACAGAUUGGACGGCUUUGUAAACGUCUGAUUGAUCAUGGACGAGUGCAUUACCUCCAGAAGAAAGGCUUUAAAACAAGCAUGAAGUACUACACCAGCAGAGACGUAUCAUUGGAGAAUGUGUUACUAGCGGCAAUUCCUAUAGUUUAUUAGAACCAAGAUUAAUCUAAACCACUUAAUACACAAAAGCGCAGGACACAUAUGCUUCUUUUUAUUUGUUCAAUGUUUAUGGAUUUUUAUAUUUGAUUUUAUUUUGGUUUUAGCAUAUCCACAAACAUCAGUUAUACUAGCAAGAUCAAACAAAAGACUCAACAAAACAAUCAAUACAAAGAACACAGGACUUGACGAAACUUGACACGACGGACUGGAAGAUCAGCCCGGAAAGCGGACAGAAGCCAACAUGCAAGUCACAAAGACUAUGCCGUUUCUGACACACCCUCCAGCAUCACAUUUAGCACUGAAGUGAAAUUUUGGGAUCCUGCAAUGGACAUAUAACACAAGAGAUGGUCAUUAAGUCUCUUAAGACUUUAAUUUCAGCAACAUUUUAUUUAUGCAAUGAUUUAAUGAUAACAUUUCUGUUAGCAGCUUUGCACACAGUACAUAUUGAGUAUGGCAUAACCUCUUUUCCGGGCCUCUUGGAUGUAGAAGUUCAUAAACUCGCGA